AAUCCGGAUUACGUGGUUACGUAAUCAGACUACCGCAGUGUGCUUUGUCUGUUUCCACAAAUUGCUGUCUCGCUCUAAAUGCAACACAUUGUACGGAUAAAUUGUUAAAAAUGGAUACCAGUAUGGAUACCGAUACUCUUGCCACAUCGUUCCACGUCUGGCGAUAUCGACAACAUUUUAUUUUCAAAGAAGUAAAAGACAAGAAUAUAAUCGUUCAAUGUGUUCUAUGCAAACCCAAAAUCCGCAUGCUGUCUACCUCCAAGAACUCGACGUCAAAUCUGAAGAAACAUUUAGAGAGAAAGCAUCCCAGCAUGUAUCUAAAGUCCCCUAAAGUUGAGAUGAAUGGACCAAAUGGACCAACCACCUCAGACUCUCCUAAGGAGCCAAAGUACAAGAAAUCCAAGCUGGAAAACCUAGUCCAUCAAAUGACGUCACAGCCAAAAGUGAACGCCCUGGUCUUCAACUUCAUGGUGGAUGAUGUCCAAUCGCUGUCUGUCUUGGAACAGCCUGCGUUCAGGAAGCUGAUUGAAGGCUUAAGUGGAGGAAAGAUGUCCAUGACCCGAAAUACAUUUAUCAAUAGAAUUGAGAUGGCAUUCUCCAAAAUGAAGGAUAAACUAAAGGAAAAUCUGGACAGUGUACAAUCAGUGUGCACUACAGCAGAUAUCUGGACAGCCCACAACAGAAGCUACAUUGGGAUGACAUGUCAUUGGAUUGAGAAGAAUGAGCUGGAGAGGAAGUCUGCUGCACUUGCCUGUGCCAGAAUACGGGGCGCACACACAUUUGAUACAAUUGCAGCCAAGAUAAACGAGAUUCAUGUGGCCUACAAUAUUGAAAACAAACUUCAGGCUACUGUCACUGAUAAUGGCAGCAACUUSGUCAAAGUCUUUAAAGAGUUUUCAAAGGGGGACAAUGAAAAUGAUGAAGAUGACAAUGUUGAAUUUGAGGACGUGGGCACCAUUCUUGACGGAGCAGAUGAGGCCAUGCACCUCUUUCUGCUGCCGCACCAGAAAUGUGCAUCACACGCAUUGAAUCUGAUUGCCUCCCAUGACCUAGCGCAAGCUCUAUCACAGGGAGAAACUGCCCAAGUGUACUACAGCGCAAUGGCCAAGUGUUCUGUAGUAUGGAACAGGGUCCACCUAUCCCCAUUGACUAUAGCAGCAGUGGAGGACAUAGAGAAAAUGAAAUUGACUGCUCCUUGUGAGAGUCGCUGGAAUUCUGAAUACUGUGCAGUGGAAAAGAUGGUUUCUCUCCCUGAAACAAAACUAAUGGAUGUUUGUGACAGCCUGGGGGUCCCAAGACUGCUAUCUUACGAGAUAGCAUUUUUAAAAGAAUACAUAGAUGUCUUCAAGCCACUUGCUUUUGCACUGGACCUCUUCCAAGGAGAGCAAAAAUGUUUUCUUGGACUGGUCAUACCAACGGUACUCACAUUGAAGAAAAAGCUAUGUGAGAAGAAAACUCUUACACUCUAUCUCUUCGAUGUAAUCAACCCUGUUCUAGAAGCAAUAGAUUCCCGCUUCAAACAGCUGUUUGCUAGUCUGGAUGCAAAAAUGGCAACAGCGACUACUCCACAAUUUCGUUUGUGGUGGCUACCAGAAGCUGAGAGAGAAGACAUGCAUUUGAUGCUAGUAGCUGAGGCGACCCCAAUGGAGCUGACUGAUGGUGCACCAAUCGGCAGCGACGACAUGCAGUCAGAAGAUGAAUUCUUCAGUUUCGGACCUGGGACCGGCAACAGUGACACAGAAGAGGAAGUCCGGAGGUACCUAGAGGGAACCAGCAAAAAUCUCAGCUGCCUGAAAUACUUCCCAAGAGUGAGAAAGCUGUUCCUCAAAUUCAACACCAUCCUACCUUCAAGUGCUCCUGUGGAGCGCCUCUUCAGUCAUAACGGGAACAUUCUCACCCCCCAAAGGAAUGGUCUGACUGAUGAUCAGUUUGAGCAAGUUCUCCUUUUGCGUUACAACAGCAAAAUAUGCAUACAGGACAAAAUAUUCCCUGAAUGAAAAAGGAAUGUGAUUUUUCUCACAGAUUAUGUAUUAGAGGUGUAUUCUUUGUUGCGUUUGUUAAGCUGUUUAAAAGUAAUCAAAGGCUGUGCGUACUGAGGUUUAAACAGAGAUUUAUGUUUGAAAAAUGUUUGUCUGCGUGACAUAUUAUUAUACUGAACAAAAAUAUAAAUGCAACAUGUAAAGUGUUG